AUGUUCGCUCAAACGAUAAGGGUCGUACUACGGAGCCUCAUUGCGCUAUGCAGGCGCAUAUCAAGACAAAGUGUGCACAGCCUUAAUCACACUACUAGUCAUCGAGGGGAGGCUCAGGGCUGUUCCGUUCAUCAUAUAGAACACUACUCCCGGAUUCAAGCAUUACUCAUAGGCAUUGAUCGAUAUCGAUCUGUAGAUCUCGAAGCUCUAGAAGGGGCCGUUGCCGAUACCUCCUCUGUGCGCGACUAUCUACACGAGCAAUUACACGUAUCGCUCGAUCAGAUCGCUAUUUUGCACAACGAGAAGGCAACGCGUAUGGCGAUCAUUCAGCAGCUACACGCAUUCCGUGCACGUCGAACGUUACGCGGAGGCGAUCCCAUUCUCAUCUAUUUCGCUGGCCAUGGGGCGAUCAGCAAGGCGGAAACGACCAGCGACAGGCCAAUUUCAAUGAUACUGCCUUACGACGUGGAUGCAGUGAAGGAUGUUGACAACGAGAUCGACGGAUUUCGCGGUGCGAUAUCGACCCGAACUUUGGACGAUAUCUUGGGAGGGCUCGCGGCGGACGAGAGUAUAGGCGAUAAUAUUACAGUUAUCUUCGACUGCUGCAACUCUCCUGUGCAUUGGUUGCCAUGCGAGGAUGAUUGUGCGACAUACGGCAUUUCAUCCUCUCUCUGGGCUGCGUGUAUGAAGAUCUUCGGCCUUGUGAAUCCUGUCCCCACCCAGGACAGUGACUCUUCUAGGCCCUACGUGCUUCUAUCAGCUUGCGGAGAAGAUGAAUCCGCUUUCGAAGAGGGAGGUCGGGGAGGCUUUACUGGCGCCCUUUUGAGAGUCCUGCGACAGUUCGGGGUAGAGUAUGUCACCUACCACGACAUCGUGGAAUACCUUCCGAGCCUUCCCAGACAAACGCCGCGUUGCGAAGGUCUCCACGUCGAUCGUUUCAUCUUCCAGACUCGAGUCCCAGUAAUCAGUGGUAGCGCCUUCCGGGUCUUCGCGCACGGCGACCAUCGUUACAUGAUCAACGCUGGGCGUCUUCAUGGCAUCAGCACGGGCGCGCGGUUCUCUAUCCACUCUUCCCGUUACGACACCGACGCCGACGACAGCGAGCAACCUCUGUCCACCCUGCAGGCAAUGGAAGUCGGCGACUUCAGUACUGUUCUGUCACCCGCUCCUGACGCCAUGGUCUCGGACCCAUCGCUGCCACCGCUUUGUUUCGCCUUCCAGAUUUCUCCAGGAAGUGACCAGCGUAAGCUUCGGCUACACGUCAAGGGGGAUGUCGAUUCCCCCUUGCACAAUCUUGCCAUACAGGGGAUGGCGAGAGCAGGUCUGCUCGUUGACAGCUGCUCGUCUCCGACACACGCGGAUCUCAGCCUCUGUGAAGGGAAUCACGGAAUUGAAUACUUGGUGUGCUCGUCAAAGAUCAAGGCAUACGGUUUGAAUCGCUUAUGCUCAACUUCACCUCCGGACGAGCUUCACAUAGGACGAGUUUUGCGCGCAGCUCACCACUUUUUCUGGUACUUACAUCUAUGUCCGACGGAGAGGUCACUGCGAAGGUUCGUCGGCGCCGAUGUGCACAAACUCAAGCGCACCGGGUGCACAGCGAACCAUCCGAAAACGGCUGUCUCGACCGGUGAUUGUAACGAGGUUCACAUGACGGCGGACAACAUAACCGAUUAUGGCAUGACUUUACAGAGCAGACUGGAUAUUCCCCUCCACGUCUGGGUAUUCUAUUUUGAUCGUAGUGAUCUAUCUAUUGUGGAGCUCUAUAGGCCGCCAAUACGGGGUGAUCAUCGCAAUCCACCUCUUCUGCCAAGGGGGACUUUGUCGAUCGAUGGAUUCGGUCCUGGUAGAGGUCAAGCUUUCACAUCAUACCUGCGACCAGAUCAAGACGUAGACGUUGGGCUCUUCAAGAUCUUCAUGUCUACGGAACCGUUGGACCUCUCCGACGUUGCGCAAAACUCGCCGUUUGAGGGCAAGAACACUCGCGGCAUUCAUCUGAAAGAGCAAGAGUAUGAGCGCACUUGGGACGUGAUCACCAUCGAUGUCGUGCAGCUCAGACCUGAAACGAGCACUGUACCAGCAGGGGAUGCCUCAAGCAAUCAUCUCCUGCCUUCAUUACAGGAUGACUGCGUGCGAGAGACGGGUGGCCACGGGAGUGGACGCGGGGACUAG